CGAGUGGGCCGAGGUCGGAAUCGGGAAUACGCUGUCAGUGUCGGCUGUCGAGUGUCGAGUGUGAGUGUCGUCGUCCUCCUGGCGAACCGUCACCGUGUCCGGUGUCCCUCUGAUUUCUUCCUUUUCCGGCCGCCGUGGGAUGCGGCCCGUGAGAAAGCGUUGCGACCGCUUUUAGUGCCGGCCGGACGAAUGCCGCCCCUCGGCCGAAAAGGAGGCUGACGACGCGUGAGAUGGUAUAACAGGAAAGGCCGAUCCGGGUCGGGUCUGUGCGCGGUGUUCAGAGCUAUAGGAAACCGAUAAUGACAGCAGUCAUGGCCAAUGGGAAUUGGGAUCCUUCUCUGUCAGGCUUGUUGGCCUCGUUGGAAGAAUCUCGCCGCCAUUUGCCAAGUUCGGAGGAAGAGUUUGGAUUUCUGAGCGAGUUGCUGCAGUCCAAAGAGCUCCACGCUCUGGUUAAAGUCCACAAUAAAAUUGUGGAAAACGGCCGGGACGACAAGUUGAAUCCGGUCCUUUCCAGCUGUAUGCAGGUCGCUAUCGAGGUCGUCGAACUGCUUUUACCCCUGACAGAGAAGAGCAAAACUUGCAAAGAGCUGUUCACACUUCUGCAAAAACCCCAUUUACAGGGUUUAAUGUGCGCCCACGAUGCGGUAGCACAAAAAGAUUACUAUCCCCGCCUUCCAGAAAUCCCCCCAGAUGUCGAAGAUGAUGAGGAGACAAUCAAAAUUGUACAACUCGUUAAAAGCAAUGAACCAUUGAGUGGGGCGCAGAGCACUGAGCCAAUUGUGAGCGCUGAGCCGAUCGUGGGUGCUACAAUUAAAAGUGAUGAGGAAACAGGGAAAAUUGUUAUUGCGCGUGUAAUGCAUGGUGGUGCUGCAGACAGAUCUGGCCUUAUUCAUGUCGGUGAUGAAGUAGUAGAAGUCAAUAACAUCAACGUCGAAGGGAAGACGCCAAAUGACGUCCUUGCCAUACUGCAAGCCUCGGAGGGAACGAUAACAUUCAAACUGGUCCCGGCAGAUGGCAGAGGCGGCUGUAGAGAAAGCAAGGUGAGAGUCAGGGCGCAUUUUGACUACAUAGCGUCUUCCGAUCCGUUCAUACCUUGCAAAGAGGCAGGGCUCGAUUUUCUGAAAGGCGAUAUUCUGCACAUAGUGAGCCAGGACGACGGCUACUGGUGGCAGGCAAGGAAAGAAGGAGAUCGGAAUAUGCGAGCGGGUUUGAUUCCCAGCCGGGCUCUUCAAGAAAGGAGAAUCAUACACGAAAGACAAACGGAAGAAAAAUUGGAGAAUGACGAGUUGUUGCCAGGUUCUUGCGCUAAAGUCAAGUGUUAUGCUGCUGUCCCAGAAUCAAGGCUCCUUUCCCCGUGUUCCCCCUCCCAAUGUGCCGCACCUAAAAUUAAAAAGAUUCUGUAUGACACAGCAGAAGCUGAUGACUUCGCUCGGGAGGAGUUGGCAACGUAUGAAGAAGUGGCGAAACUCUACCCCAGACCGGGCCUCUACCGGCCCCUCGCUCUAGUCGGCCCUCCUGGUGUUGGCAGGAACGAGCUUAAGCGCAGGCUCAUCGCCACCGAUCCUAAUAAAUACCGUUCACCCAUUCCAUUCACUUCAAGAACGAUGAGACCCGGUGAAGUAGACGGCAAAGAUUACUACUUUGUAAGUCGCGAAACAAUGGAGGAGGAUGUCGAAGCCGGCAAGUUUAUCGAGUACGGCGAAUACAAAGGUAAUUUGUAUGGUACAUCGAUGGAAAGCGUACUUUCUCUCAUCAACGCCGGAUAUGUGUGCAUAUUAAGCCCGCAUUACCAGGCAUUAAAAAUGAUACGUACAGCACAAAUAAAGCCUUAUAUUAUUUAUGUAAAACCACCUUUGUUCGAUACGCUCAAGGAAACUCGUACUGCCUCAUACGCUAGAUCGACUUUUGAUGAAAAUAAUUCGAGAGCGUUUACUGAUGAGGAAUUGGCAGCGAUGAUCCACAGGGGUGAAAGAAUAGAAUUUAUGUUCUCUCAUUUGUUCGACGACAUUAUCGUUAAUUCUGACCUUUCAGCCGCUUUCGAGACUUUAAUUAGAAUAGCUAUUGCUGUGGAGACGGAGCCGCAAUGGGUUCCAGCGUCGUGGGUUCAGUGACUGCAUUUCUCGGUUUGUACUCGAUAACCAGAUGUUACUUUUUAAUCAAGUUGUUUUUUCAGAGUGCUGGUAGGUUUUGAAAAAAAAAUCAACUUUUGAAAAAAUUCUUUGAACAAAAUAAGUUUAGAGGAAAGUCUCACGUACAAGAAAGUUAGAAUUUUGCUUUGAAUAGUUUCCAUAAUGCUCUCUGAAAUAUUGAUCACUUAUGCUUAAGUAACGUUUUCUUUUUAUUUAUUUAAUCUAUUUUGCUUCAAUUGGGCUUUCAUUAAGUUCUCUUUUGAAUUUUUUUUUUAAAUCUUCAAAAUAAUGCAUGCUCUUUAAAUAAAUCAAAGAUCUCUCCAUAAUUUUA